AUGGCCGAGGCACAGAAAGUGGUUGUUGUUGGCGGAGGUCCCGUCGGCGCUUUGGCUGCCUUGUAUGCCGCAAGGAGAGGCUAUCGUACAGAGCUGUACGAGCUCCGAGAUGAUCCGAACUUUGGUGAUCAGUCGCUCCGACCAGACAUGGCCGUCAUCCCACUGGCCCUGUCCGAGCGUGGCAUUAAAGCGCUCGCCGGGGCAAAAGUUCCGGGCCUUCUCGAAGACAUUCUCAAUGGCUCGAGGCCUAUUUACCAUCGCAUGAUUCACACCAGGGACCCAGGCCCGCAUGGGGAUCUCAAAGAGAUUCCGAUGAAAUAUGGGCCCAACGGCGAGUGUCUUCACACCCUUCAGCGUGAGAAAAUAUCCAAGCUUUGCCUCCUGGCGCUGAGCAAAGAGCCCACAGCCAAGCUGUUCUUUAAUUACAAGUUGGCACGAUGCGACGUCGACAACCAAACCGUAUCCUUCGAACACGUACUGUGGAAGGAGAAGUCCCGGCUGGCAGAGCAAGAACUGGCGGACGAUGUUGCUUCGCGUCAAAAAGGCCGCACCGGUCAGCCGGCAUCAUCUUCAGAAUCAUCCCGAUUCAAGGAUGUCAAGUUCGACUUCCUCAUCGGGGCAGACGGCACAUUCUCGUCCGUCCGGCAGAGCAUAAUGCGGCGUACAACCAUCGACUUUUCACAGUCUUACGAAGAUGCCCUCUGGUGUGACCUGAUAUUCCCGCCCACCAAAGAUGGAAACUAUCCCUUGAACUCAAAGUGUCUCCAUGUCUGGCCUGCGGACCGGAACAUUGUCAUGGCCCAGCCCGACUUUAAUUGUUCAUUCCGAGCCGGCAUGGUAUGCGCGACUGAUACCUGUCGAUAUAUGGAAGCCCACCCGGACGAGUUCCCGGCCUGGUUCUCCAACGAAUUCCCCGGGAUUGUCCCUCAGCUAUUGUCUGCCGAGGAGGUGAAGCGCCAGUUCGUGGCACACCAGAAAAUACCCCUGAAGUCCGUCAAGAUCAACAAGUUUGGCUAUGGAGACAAGGUGCUGCUGCUGGGCGACAGCUCCCACGCAAUGACGCCUUUCCAUGCCAUGGGUAUGAUUACAGGGCUGGAGGACGUGCGUGUCUUCUUUGAGCAGUUCCGCGACCCCGCCGCGGCCAAGAUGCAGCGGUAUUAUGGGGGCGUUUCCAAAGGCGCCGCCGAUGGCUCGCCUGGUCCAUUCAGCCCACCUGGCACUGUGGCUGCUUAUACUGAAUAUCGCCGACCCGAUGUCCAGGCCAUGGUCGAUAUGUCUCAUAACCACUACGAGGAAUUGCGACAUGGCGUGCGAUCACCGGCGGCGCGUGCACGAAAGAUCUUCGACGCGGUCCUGUGCCGUUACCUGCCAGCCCUGGACUGGACCACCGUCUACGCCCGCGUCCAGUUUGGCAACGAACGCUUCUCUGUUGUGGAGAGAAAGGAGAAGCGCCAGCAGGAGAUUGUUACAGGUGCCAUAUACACUGUUGUCUUUGUUGUCGCCUUCGCCAUUCUUAUUGCUCUGAAGAACCUAUUUAUGUUGAGGGGGGAUGUUCUUUCCCUAGAGGUGUGA